CCUUCCAGAAGCUGGUGACAACCUCACUGGGGAGAGCCUGCAAAGUUGGUGUCACAACGGAAACAUGAAGCUGCCACUCUUGGUGUUUAUUGUGUAUCUGCUGUGGUUGAAAGAUUGUCACUGUGCACCUACGUGGAAGGACAAAACUGCUAUCCAUGGAGGCCUGAAGGGUUUUUCCAAGGCUGGGGAGAUAGAUAUAGAUGAAGAGGUGAAGAAGGCUUUGACUGGCAUGAAGCAAAUGAAAAUCCUGAUGGAAAGAAGAGAGGAGGAACAUAGCAACCUAAUGAGAACCCUGAAGAAAUGCAGAGAAGAAAAGCAGGAGGCUCUGAAACUUAUGAAUGAAGUUCAAGAACAUCUAGAAGAGGAAGAAAGGCUAUGCCAGGUGUCUUUGACAGGUUCCUGGGAUGAAUGCAAAUCUUGCCUGGAAAGUAACUGCAUGAGAUUUUAUACAACCUGCCCAAACAGUUGGUCCUCUAUGAAAAACAAGCUUGAACAUUUUUUCGGGAAGAUAUAUCAGUUUCUGUUUCCUUUCCAUGAAGAUAAUGAAAAAGACCUUCCCAUCGGUGAGAAGUUCAUUGAGGAAGAUGCACAACUGACCCAGAUAGAGAACAUGUUCAGCCAACUGACUGUGGAUGUGGGAUUUCUCUAUAACAGGAGUUUUGACGUCUUCAAACAGAUGCAGCAAGAAUUUGACCAGGCUUUUCAAUCGUAUUUCAUGUCAGAUACAGACUUCAUGGAGCCUUACUUUUUUCCAGCUUUUUCCAAAGAGCCAGCAAAAAAAGCACAUCCUGUGCAAAGCUGGGACAUUCCCAGCUUCUUCCAGCUGUUUUGUAAUUUCAGUCUCUCUAUUUAUCAAAGUGUCAGUGCAACAGUUACUGAGAUGCUGAAGGCAAUCGAGGAUUUAUCAAAACAAGACAAAGACUCCGCCCACGGCGGCCUGAGUAGGACGGCAUUGCCUGUGCGGGGCCGAGGGCUGUGCGGAGAGCUUCGCCAGAACUCGUCGGAAUGUUUCCAAUUUCACGCAAGAUGCCAAAAAUGUCAGGAUUACCUACGGGAAGACUGUCCUGAUGUUCCUAAACUAUACACAAAAGUAGAUGAGGCCCUUGAGUUGGUCAACAUAUCCAAUCAGCAGUAUGCCCAGGUUCUCCAGAUGACCCAGCAUCACUUGGAGGACACUACAUACCUGAUGGAGAAGAUGAGAGAGCAGUUUGGCUGGGUGACAGAACUGGCAAACCAGACCCUAGGAACCAAGAACAUCUUCAAUUUCAUAAAGGUAGUUCCAGGUGUUCAUGAAGGAAAUUUUUCCAAACGAGAUGAAACGAUGACAGAGGUAAGCAUUCUGCCUUCCCCUAAUUUCACACUCACCAUCCCUCAUGAAGAAAGUGCUGAGAGUUCUAACUUCAUUAGCUACAUGCUGGCCAAAGCUGUACAGCAUUUUAAGGAACAUUUUAAAUCUUGGUAAGCAGAGUGCUUGAUUAGGAAUGCUUGUCAACAGGAAUAGAUGAUUCAUAAAAGGGAAAAAUGACAAAACUAGUUUUAAAAUACCUUGAAAAUAUAUUCAACCUCAUUAAUAAUCAAAGACAUGAAAACUAAGACAAGAUAGCAAUUUUUGCCUAUUAAAUUUGCAAAUUAAAAAAAACCCUGAUAGGAUGUGAUGAAAUGAGAAUUCCCGUAUGUUAUUGCUGGGAACAUAAACUGUUUUUGCCUUUUUGAAAAGCUAUUCAAUUAUACAUAUCAAGAGUCAUAAAAUUUCUUUUUGAUACAUUAAUUCCACUUCUGGAAUCAAUCAGAAGGAAUAAAUCUAAAUUUGAAUAAAAGUUCCUACCCCAAGAUCUAUAUUUGCAAAAUUAUUUAAAAUGUUAAAAACAAUCUGAACAUCUAAAAAUAAGAAAAUGGUUAAAAGAUUAUGGCUAAAUAUGCUCAGUAAGUCUUAUGAAACCAUUAAAGAUAUUUAUAAAAUUUAAAUCAUAACAUGACAACUACUGGAACAAGGGUUUAUUCUAAGCCUAUC